UGUGGUUAAGCAUGGUGCAGCACAGAUGCAGACAGCUGAUUCUGCAGCAAGCCAGACUCCUCUGCAUUUGUGAUUUUGUCAAUAUGCUCAUCUUUUUGAUAAUCCACUACAGAAUUAGAGUUUAAGCAAUUGUAGUUUUGACUUUUAUAUGCUUGAAAACAACAAUAACACAAGCAACAACAAUGAAAGCAAAAAGGCAUUGGUUCGGAAAAUAAAGAAAACACAGCUAUCGCGCUACAUAUCUACAACCUAAUACGUACUAUAUGAAAUUUUCUUUCAUCCAGAGGAUAUUUCUGAAGAUAGACUAUUCAUCCCUCCCUCCAAGAGGCAAAAAGCAUCUUCUGUUUUUCUUGAUAGAAGAAGACAGUCAUUCUGGAGACAGCUUUUGCUACAGAAACUGAAAUCCUUACUACAGUAUCACUGACGAACACAGAGCUUCGCUGAACAGUGCACAGUAACAAUUCAUCUUGCAUCAUCAGUAGAUGACAUUUUUUUCUUCCUUUGUUCCCUCCCUUCCAGUUGCUUUAAGACUCGGUAGCUGAUUUGCAAUGUCACUUCACAACAUUAAUCAGAUUCUGAUACUGCAUUUAAGAGCUUAAGAAGUUCCUCAGGCCCUUCACAAGAUUCACGAUUCCUCCCUCCUUCCAAACAAUCUUGUGAGGUAUCCUACCCUGAGAUAAGGUGACUGGUCUGAAGCUACUUACUGAGCCUCAUGGCUGAGCAGGGAUUUUGCCCUGUUUCUCCUUGGCCCUAAUUCAAUACCAAGUAAGCUGUUGAGAUAAUCAGUCUGCGGAGAUAAUCAGACAAUAGAUUUUGCCAACCUGCUCUAAUGAAUGCCAGCCACAGAAGAACAAGAUGACCAUCAUGUCUCACCUAAAAGAUCUCAAAGAUAAUUUCCACAGUGACACAGUCCUCUCUGUUCUAAAUGAACAACGCAUUCGAGGUGUUUUAUGUGAUGUCACAAUCAUUGUGGAAGACACCAAAUUUAAAGCCCAUAGCAAUGUUCUGGCUGCUUCAAGCCUUUAUUUCAAAAAUAUAUUUUGGAGUCGUGCAAUUUGCAUUUCUGGACAUGUACUGGAAUUAGAUGAUCUUAAAGCUGAAGUGUUCACAGAAAUACUUAAUUAUAUCUACAGUUCAACAGUAAUUGUUAAAAGACAGGAGACUGUUUUAGACCUUGCAGCUGCAGGGAAAAAACUGGGAAUAUCAUUUCUAGAAGAUCUUACAGACAAGAGCUUUUCAAAUUCUCCUUGUCUUUAUUCAUUUUGCAAUAAUGAAAAAGGUGAAGUGAAAGAAGAAAAAAGACAAGAAGAUUCAGCAGUCACAAAUGGACCAAGGAUUACAAAUGCAUAUUCCAUUUAUGAAACUGAAAAUUGUAAUAAUUUGUUUUCUCCUCUUGACCUCAGAGCAAGUUUUAAAAAAAUGCCAGAAACAAAUAAAGCAUCUGGUAUUGGACUACAAAAGAAUGAUGGUUGCAAAGAAGUUGAGAGAACCAGUACAUUAGCUGAGCAUUCUUAUGCUGUUACUACAGGUUGUGAUGCUUUUCAACAAAAUUCCUUUUACCACGAAAGUAGCCCACUUGGUAAAAGGGGUGAAGAUAGUUCUGAAACUGGCCAAUUGAUGCCUCUUAUUGAGUCUGUCUCUCAAACAUUUAGUACAUCAAAGACAGUUUUUAACUCCCAGGCCUCUAAUAUACCUUCAAUACAGCUAUCAAUUAUCAAGGGAACCAAUGCUGAUGGUCAUCAAAAACUAGUAAAUGAUCACACCAUUUCUAUUCAAAAAACCCAUCCAAAUACGGACACUGUUCUGCCUUCCAGGGAAGAUGAAACUAAAUCAGAUCAUAUUUCUGGAUCAAUAGUUGCAGUCAUUCCACAUGUUUAUAACUCUAACUGCUGUACUAAAACAUUCAGUGAUGGAACUCAAUUCAGCACCCAUGUCCAGCUUCACUCAGAAGCUCAAGAAACAUUAGUUUGCAAAUACUGUAGCAAACAGUUUGAAAGCACAGUUGGACUAGAGACACAUGAGCAAGGAUGUGGAGGAUUAGACAAUUGUGAAAAUGAAGAGAGUUGCUUGGAUAAUUUUGUUACUUCAAAUGGAACAACUGGCAUUUCAUAUAUUAGCCCAGAGCCCACAAUAACUGAAAAUGAGCUUGCUGAUUAUUCUGUCACAAUGCCAGAAACAGACCACUUUGUUAAAGUUGUUGAUGGACAAGUACUUUAUACUUGUAGCGUUUGCAAACGUACCUAUGUUACCUUGUCUAGCCUCAGAAGACAUUCUAAUGUUCAUUCAUGGAGAAGAACAUACCCUUGUCAUUACUGCAACAAAGUGUUUGCAUUAGCCGAAUACCGUACAAGACAUGAAAUCUGGCACACAGGAGAAAGGCGAUACCAGUGCAUCUUCUGCCUUGAGACAUUUAUGACAUACUAUAUACUCAAAAACCACCAGAAGUCUUUCCAUGCAAUUGACCACCGACUUGGAGUAAAUAAGAAGACUGCAAAUGGUGGCUUGAAACCAAGUGUCUAUCCUUACAAACUUUAUAGGCUUUUGCCUAUGAAAUGCAAAAGGCCACCAUAUAAGAGCUAUGGGAACUCAUCAUAUGAAAGCAUACAAGCAAACAUACAAGUUAAUAAUGAAGAUCCUAGUGGUACCUGCAUUAUUCAGAGCACUGUCACUUCUGAACUGCCAUCACUGAAUUUUCCGCACAGUAUGUUGCCAAACACAACUAUGCCCUUGGAUACAUCUUCAUGUAGUGAUGCAACAACAACUCUUGUGAACCCACCAAGUAUUUCUUCUUGGGAAACUGGUGCAACAGAAGCAGACCUUAAAAAUGAUACAUGUACUACUAGAAGACUAUUGUCCUCUACUCAGCAUAAUUCUGGCCCUCAAGAAUAUGAUUCCUCUCUUCAAACUAUCAGCAACAGCAACGCCAGUGACAAUUCAACGCCUGUUAUUAACUAUAAUAAUUCAGCAUCUUCUGUCAUCAUGCAUAGUGGUAGAGUUUCCUCUGUAAUCAUGCACAGCAAUGCUGUCAAUGCAAUAAGUAGUUCAGAAAUUUCAGACAUUACAGUCAGCCAGGUAGCAAGUGAUGACCAUGUACAUGGUUCAGAGGACAGCCAAAGCAAUGUUAGAACAAGAAGCAAUAAGGAAAAGAAAAGAGGGUCAUUAUACAACAAAGAAGAGACUUCGGAAGAAUUAAAGUAUAUGGCAAAUGCAGAAAUGUCUUCUAACACAUCAACAGAUGCUUUUGAACCUUCAAAUAAGACAGAAACCUACAUAGCAAAACCUGCAUUGCCAGGAACAUCUUCUGAUAGCAAUGUUGCUCCUCUUUGUCAAAUAACAGUUAAAAUAGGGAAUGAAGCCAUUGUGAAAAGACAUAUUUUGGGAUCCAAACUGUUUUACAGAAAAGGCAGAAGAUCUAAAUAUGAAUCCAAAGACAAUCAUAUGGUUCAAAUUACAGAGCGAGAGAAGAGAGAGAGAAGCAUGUCUCGAGUAUGCAGGUUAGACUACCUUGAACUCAAUGAAAUGUGUGAAGAUGUCAGUGAUCAUGACUCCAAUGAUAAACCAUGGCGGCCGUAUUACAACUACAAACCAAAAAAGAAAUCAAAACAGCUAAAGAAAAUGAGAAAGGGAAGAUGGCGAGAGAAAUACAGGAGUAGAAAUUCUUGCCAAGAAAGUGAAAAGACACAUGUCUCAAGCUAUGCACUUAGGAACAUUCCUGAAGAAAAAGUCCCUCAACAAGAAGAAGAUAGAAAUAUGCCGAGCCUGCACUGCGAGCUCUGUGAAAAAGAUAACCCUUCUGUUGAAAAAGCCCAGGAUCAUUUACACUGGGAUACAACUACAUCUGUGUCCUAUACCUGUGAAUUAUGCCAAAAAAAGUUCCAGAGCCCAUCUGCUCUAAGAAUGCAUAUGCGAUGCCAUACAGGAGAGAAACCCUAUACUUGCAAAACCUGUGGGAAGAGCUUUUCGAUAUCAGGUAACUUACAGAAGCAUGAACGCAUCCAUUCAGGUGUAAAGGAUUUCAUCUGUCAAUACUGUAAAAAGGCAUUCAGUCUAAAUGAGACACUCAAAAUACAUGAGAGAAUCCACACAGGAGAAAAGCGCUACCACUGCCAGUUCUGCUUCCAGAGUUUCUUAUACCUUUCUACCAAAAGAAACCAUGAGCAAAGACAUAAGCGAGAACAUACUGGCAAAGGAUAUGCAUGUUUUCAGUGUCCCAAAGUUUGCAAGACAGCAGCAGCACUUGGAAUGCAUCAGAAGAAGCAUUUAUUCAAAACCCCCAAACAAGAAGAUGUAAAUGAUUAUUUGUUUAACGAAAGUAGUAAGCCAUUUGUAAGUCAUCACUUCAUUGACUCAGAUAAACGGGAAACAAUUAAACCUUUACUAACACAAAAUAUAGGUGCAGAGCAGCAUGAAGCAAGUAGUACUUAGACUAUGCCAUCGGCUGUUGGACUUUAAGUAAGAAUAACAUAGAACAAAGAAAAUUUAAAAAAGAACAUAAGUACAACAAAUUAAUGGGGGAAGUUCUAAAACAUGAGGUAUUGUAUUUCUACAUAAAUAUAUUUCAUAUAUUACAUUAAAAAAUGUGCCAGACAAGCAAAAAUGGAAAUUGUAUAGCACUUCUCAUAUAGUAUGAAGGUCCAAUAGAGAUCUAAAAAGACAUCUAUGUCCCACAGAAUAAGUCUAUACUUAUAUACAGGCAAACAAGAAUAUAUGUAAUUGAAAACUUUUAAAUUGCUAUUACAAAGUAAUUCAUUACUGAACUAGAUCAUAUUAUGAUUAUGUGAAGACUCAGAACCAUUCUGGACAAAAUAAAGGUAAAUUAUAUACAUGGAGAGUAUGAAAAUAUUAAGAGUUUAUUCAAUAGACUGUAGAAAUCACAGCCUGUAUUGAUAUCCAGAAUUCAAUGUUAAUUUGUUCCAAAUUCAAUCAUGUAAUUUGAAAGUUUAAUUUAGCUGUAAUCUAAUGUAUGCACUGUACAGCAUCUGGUAAAGAUUUUAAAGUUUGUUAUGUGUGGUGGAAAUGCAUCCAUAUAUUAUAAAGCCCAAGUAAGCUCCUGCAGGGCAACCUUAUGAGGGCUAAUGAGAAUAAGAACAAUAAUAAUUAAUAAAUGCUUAUACCAUUAAAUGUA